AAAGGCGGAAGCGGAAGCCGCACGUGGAGCCGGCGACGGAGCUUGUCGCAGUUUCUGGAAACUUCUGCCCAUUGUCACAUUUCAGCCUCCUCGCCGGAGGCAGAGAUUUUCGCGCGCAGGCAGGAAGGCAGGCAGGGCGCGGCUUUGGCUGCGGCGGCGGCGGCUGGGCGAGGGUUGCACCUGCAGCGGGGGAGAGCCGAGCGGCGAGGCGGCGGGCGGAUCCACACCUUCCCCAGCAGCGUCCGGCGCCGGGAGCCCCGCCAUGGCCGUGGUGGGCUUUGACUUGGGCUCGCAGAGCUGCUACGUGGCGGUGGCCAGAGCCGGGGGUAUAGAGACCGUGGCCAACGAGUUCAGUGACCGGUGCACCCCGUGAGUAACGGAUCCGGAGGGUGGGGUGGGGGUGUCAGAGGCAGGCAAGCAGGCGAGAUCUCCCUGCCAAAGGGUCCGGGGCAGAAAGAGGGUCGCCCUCCCUGCCGUGAAGGGAGAGAAGAUUGCGGGCUUUGCAAAUGCAGGCGUGCGAUGCACCUGUGUCAAACUGAAGGCGACAAUGCCUGCAUCUGAUGGAAGUGAUCCUCUGCAUCUUUGCUCUCACGCAACCCCCGUUGAGUGUAUAUAGGGCUUACUCGGGAGUAGGCUUGGUGGUUCCCCACGCACGAUGAAGGCAGACAUCCGCUGGCCUUUUUUUUUUUUCCCAUCCCCAAUUCUAACCACGGAGACAUCAGUGGCAUUUACUUGCAAGUAAGCACGUUUCCUUGUAACUGAGUCCCGUUGAGUUUAGCGGUGGUUGCUCUCAAGUAACUGUGCCCAGGGCUGCAGCUCUUUUUUAGAAGCGGAUCCAGCUGUGUUGAAUUAAAUGGGGGGGAGGGCUAGGAGUGAUAUUUAAUUCUUUCCAAGAUAUGUGAGCUGCCCAGAACGUGACAAACGGUUCUUAUUUCACACGUGUGUAUAUAUAUCCCACUCGGAAAGCUCAGUUUUGUUGCAUUCCUCUCACACUUGCCGCUUCCGACAUCUCAUGCAUGGAAAUUUAAGAGUGCAUCAUAGAAGCAAAUGAACUCUCACGCUUCCCAUAGCCUGUGGUGGGCGUGUAUAUAGAUAGGGAGAAGAUGUUGAGUAUUGCCUUUUUCUUGGAUUCUUGAUUGAAGAGGGAGGGGCAGAGAUGAUGCUGCAGUGCCUCUUCACAAUCUGUGUCCCCUUCACUCCCUAUCCCCAAGCAGUUUCCACCUACUUAGUGCUUAGGCGCUAAGGAAGUGGGAGAGGGAGAGGGAUGAUGCAGUUGGAAAGAAGAGCUUGCUGGAUCCUGUGCAGCUAUGGGGAGAUGGACUAAUACUCAGUAAGCUUAGACCAGGAUCUAGAAGCUUCUGGAGUUUUCUCUCCUCCGGAUAGAGACAGAGGAUGCAAGCAAGUGAAUAAACUGUAUUUUCUGCCUAUCUCAGUAGGGUGGAGCACCAACCCAGAGUGGGGCUUUGAGAUAAAGGUUAGACUGGUAAACUCUAGAAAGUUGAGAUGCCAUAGGGAUGGGAGACCAUGGACAAGUGCCCAUUUCCACACCCAAAGCUGCCUAAGUGAAAGCUUAUGCAUUGUUAAUCUUUUAAUGCCAUAAAAACACUGUUGUCUUGCAUUCAUCAAAAUGAUUUCAUUUAACCUCCCGUUUGCUAGUAAAAUGGAAUUAUUGUGUUGCGAAAUGAUGCAUAUCUAAAAAGUGUGUCACCAACAUGGAAAGUUUGGAAAGUUCUGCUUUAAAGCCAUUUUUGUACCACACCUUUCCCCAGAAGUUCAGGAUUCCAUUAUAGGGGGUAUACAAUUGUUCAUAAAAGCUAUUUGUAAAUAAGCAACAUUUUUAUUUAAAUUGCAAUCCCUAGAAUGUAUUGCAUCUGAGUGGAAUAUGUCCUGCCUUCUCUGUUGGAAGCAAUAUGUCUUAUUUAAAUUGCAAUCCCUUCCUCUGUUGGAAGCAAUAUGUCUUAUUUAAAUUGCAAUCCCUAGAAUGUAUUGCAUCUGAGUGGAAUAUGUCCUGCCUUCUCUGUUGGAAGCAAUAUGCUUGGCAGGGGGUUGGACUCGAUGGCCCUUGUGGUCUCUUCCAACUCUAUGAUUCUAUGAUUCUAUGUCUCUGAAUGUCAGGUGGUGAGAGCACUGUUGCACUCAGAUCUUGCAUGUGGACUUCCUAACAAGCAUUUAGCUGAUCACUGUGAACAGAGAACAAAAAAGUGAUCGAGAUUGAACUUUGGCCUGAUCCAGCAGAGUAUAUUCCACAAAUUGUGUAGAACUUGGCGUUUUCCCCAACUUCUUGUCUUCCCCUCCCUGUUUGCUUCUGAGAGCAAAUUCCAUAAUUUAGCCAUACAUCAUGUGAAGAAGUACUUUCUUUUGUCUGUCCUGAAUCAUCCAACAUCCAUCUUCAUUGGAUGUCCACAAGUUCUAGUGCUCAGGACCACAAUACCUCAAGGACCGCCUCUUCCCAUAUGAACCAACCUGGACCCUGCAUUCAUCAUUUGAGGCUCUUCUUUGUGUGCCUCUUGUGGAGGUCCAGAGGGUGGCAACACAAGAACUGCCUUUUCUUCAGUGGCUUGUGUUUUUAUAUUGUAAAUCACCUUGUAAUCCUUGAAUGGAGCAUGGUAUAGAAUUUUAAUAAAUAAUAAUUAUAAUAAGUUAUCAGACAGCGAGAAAAACUUUUCUCUAUCCACUUUCUCAAUGCAAUCCUAUCAUGUGGUCUUUCGUUUGCCUGUUAUCUAAAGGCCCAAAUGCUGCAAUCUUUCCACAUAGAUAAGUUGCUUCAUCCCUUUGAUUAUUGUAGUUGCCCUUUUCAGAAACCUUUCCACCUCUACAAUAACCUUUUUGCAGCGAGGCUAGCAGAAAUGUACACAGUUUUCACAGAUGCCACACACUGGGUCAACAUCUUCGUUGAGAUAUGUGGUAUGAUCCAAAGGUCUCAUUCCUGGUCAUUCACUGUCCAUUCAGACCACACAAGCAUACUGAAUGUAAAAAAUUUAAAAAUUGGCCCCAACAUGCAUCACUUUGCAUUUGUUUAUACAAGCUAUACAGCAGGCAUAGGCAAACUCCGGCCCUCCAGAUGUUUGGGACUACAAUUUCCAUAAUCCCUGACCCCUGAUCCUGUUAGCCAGGGAUCAUGGGAAUUGUAGUCCCAAACAUCUGGAGGGCCGGAGUUUGCCUGUGCCUGCUAUACAGCAACAUACCUUUGAGACAGAGGCUCGAUUCCAAUGCCUUUGUUGACUUGGCACAAGCCCCAGACCCCCUGUCUUGUGUUUAUCAGAGCAAUGGCGUAUCUGAUGUAUUGUGCCGUAUUUUUAAUACUUUGUCUCAAAAAGGUAUUUCCCUGUUAUUUAUUUUCAUAGAAAAUCACUCAGUUGCCCAGUUCAAGCAUAGUGAUCCUAAUCUCUAAAACUAUCGUUUAUUGGACUGAUCAGAAGUGAUGUAGGAAGUAUUCUUUCCUUGUCAGUAUCCCAGUUUAGAGGGAGCUCUUAAUGCAUAAUUCCCUCAAUUUGGGUGAUGUGGAAAGCAGUCAUGUAAGAAACCUUCAUCUAAGUCAGGUGCUCAAGGGAAGAAGGGGUGAGGAUGGAAAGGUCAUUCCCAAUCUGAUAGAUCUUGGUUUAUCAGACUAGGAUCACUUGUGUAUGAAUUGUACAACUAUGUUUGACAGGGGUAAAUUUUAAAGAUGUUGUAAGUUUAAUUACUUCCUUUAGACCAGACCCCCUCAAAGGGUCAGCUACAACCCCCAGAUUCCCAGCUUUCAUUUUAAAAAAGCAGUAGCAAGUUUCCAGCAUUUUUAGAACCCGAGGUGUGAGGCAAAAAUGUACAGACACUAUUCUUCUCAGUUUUGUGCGAAAGUAGCCUGCUUUGCCAUUUCAGGGUUUUGUUUUGCCUCCCUCCUGAAAAAAUUCCUGUGGAUUCCCACAUAUGUGUGUGAGAGAGGAAGAAGUAUGUAUUUGCUGCCUCUGAGAAGGAGAGAGGUAGCUGUGUGUGUGUGUGUGUGUGUGAGAGAGAGAGAGAGAGAGAGAGAGAGAGAAGGGGGAGGUUUGUAUGAAUGUGUGAUAUGAGUGGUCUGUAGGGGAAAUUGAGAGCUGAAUAUGCAAAGUAUGUGAUGUGGUCACCUUGUAUAUUUUUCUUGGUACUAUGAAAUCCUUCCUCUUGUUAUUUUGCAGCAGUGGCAUCAUUGUGUGUCCGGGUGGAGUGGGGAGUAGAAUUCAAUAUUGUGCGAUUUCUACACUAAGGACCAGCAGGACAUAGCUGACUUCCCAUGGCAAGUUUUCCCUGGGUUGGGGAAGCAACAAUGACUAUUUUAGUGUUCUGCCAUCCCCCAUAACAGCCAUUUCAUGAUUGGUGCCUGCCCCACUUUCUAAAAAUUCAGAAUGUGCCUGUUGGUUCAAAAAGGAUGGUGAACCCUGCUUUGUAGUUUUACAAAAAUAACUUUACAAUAUAUCUAUUUUUUUUAAAAAAAAUCUUUUUAAAAAAGACAUUCCUGAUGUCAUCACAUGGUUUCUUUCCCCAACCCUGUUUUGCUGGUUAGCUCAGGUGGUUAGAGCAGGGGUCGGCAACCUAAAGCCCAUGGGCCACAAGCGGCUCCCAUGUGCCGUGCUAAACCAGUGCAGAGCAGAGCGGGGACCACCUUCCGCGAUGCUGGCUGGCUUCCCAUUGGCUGCAGGAAGGUCCUGCAGCCAAUUAGCGCUUGAACGCGCGCACACACUCUGACCCACCAUGGCGUCUGCAGGACCAUGAACCGGCCCAAGCCACAAAAACUUUGCCAACCCCUGGGUUAGAGCAUGGUGUUGAUAAUGCCAAGGUCAUGGGUUUGAAACCCGUAUGGGUGCAUAUUCCUGCAGUUCAAGUAGAUGACCCGUGGGCAUGGAAGCUCAGAGCACAACGGCAUCAGGACAGAAGAAAGUUUCACUGCCCAUUAUGGAGGGAAUGAAUUGCACCCAGGGCUGUUGUUUCCAUAAUACCUGUUACCGUCCUUUGCCUUGCAGAGAGCUCCACUGCCCUGAGUUUUGUUUCCACUCUGAUUAAAUUACCGGUUUUGUACAGCUCUUCCUUUCAUAACAAGCUGGGGGGGCGGCUCAGGGAUUUCCUUCAAGCAGUCUUGACCCCCUGACCAAUUGACCUGUGAUUCAAGAUCAAAUGUGGAAAAUUCCAGCCCUUGCAUAUUUUAAAUUAUCAGCACUGUCAGCUCUUAACUGUGCCAUAUGGUGCAGUUCUACUGGGACUUAGGUCAUUUCAACACAUUUACCUGCAGCAGCAAAUAUGUAAAUCUUUGUAGAAAUGAAGUAUUUCUAUAGUUUUGGGCAGAAGUUACUUUUUUAGUAUCUUCACUGUGCUGACACAGGCAGUCACUAUUAGGUAGGCAUGAACUGAUGCUGUUGUAAUGCACUGCUUUAAAAAUGCUGUUUUCUGGCCACAUCCACACCACCCAUUUAAAGCACUGCUAUACCACUUUAGCGGUUAUAAUAAUAAUUUGUUAUUUGUACCCCAGCCACUCUGGCCGGCUCCCAACAGAGUCACUGGGAGAUGCCUCACAGAGCUACAACUCCCAGACCCUCAACAAACUACAGUACCCAUGUUUCUUUGGGGGAAGCAAUGACUGCCAGAGAGCACUUUAAAUGUAAGGUGCAGAAGGAAACGUUUACAAGUGCAUGUUUUUAGAUUCAUCAAAUGAUAUCAGAGAAGCCCACCAGCCUCUCAACCAAUGGCAAUUUACUGUGUAUAUUAUAAUCACUGGUGGAUUGCUUUCUUUUCAGAUCGGUGGUGUCGUUUGGGUCCAAGAACAGGGCAAUUGGAGUGUCUGCUAAGAACCAAGUGAGUCAUUUUCUGAAUAACAGCAAGGGAAAUUACCCUGGGAAAUUAGUAAAGUGGCUGUUUUGAAAAUAAGACACUGGGAAUAGAAAAAAAAUAAAUUACCCAUGCUGCUUCUCAGAAUGUAGGUUGCUGAAAUUAUACUAAUAACUGCUGCCAAACCUGUCAGAUGGGGAGAGGACUAUUACACUCAUGCUCUGCUUAGAGAUUUCCAAAGGCAUUGGGUUGGCCACUGUGAAAACAGGAUGCUAGGCUAGAUGCGGGACUUUUUCCUAAUCCAGUAGAUCUUUUCUCAUGUUCCUAUACUGGGCAGAGAGGCAAAUGCUGAGUGUAGCCCUUCAAGCAGCUGUUUUCUACACUGCUUGGGCUUUCCAGUGACCCAGAAACUCAUCAGAUGGGCCAAUGGCCUGUCCCCCUUUGGCUGCUGCUUUUUAAAGUACCAGGUAAACAGAUGGUGCUACAUAUAUUAUUCAUCUGUCUAUCAAAGCCAAGUCUGAAUUGUAGAUGGAGGCCACUCACCUAUCAAUCAUCAAACAUCAUGACCUGCAGGGAUUGGGGUCGGGGGGAGUGGCGGAGGAAGGGGGUGGGAGGGUGCGGUCCAUCCCAGGUGUCAUCGUGGUGUAGUGGUGAAGAGCGGUGGACUCGUAAUCUGGUGAACCGGGUUCACUUCCCCGCUCCUCCACAUGCAGCUGCUGGGUGAUCUUGGGCUAGUCACACUUCUCUGAAGUCUCUCAGCCUCACUCACCUCACAGAGAGUUUGUUGGGGAAGAAGGGAAAGGAGAUUGUUAGCCGCUUUGAGACUCCUUAAGGGGAGUGAAAGGCAGGAUAUCAAGUCAAAACUCUUCUUCCUCAUCAUCAUCUUAAUCACUGAGGGGGGGUGUGACAAAAUGACAAAAAUAAGAUUUUAAAAAUAAUAAUUAAAAAAUGGGCUCACAAAACUUUUUAGUUCAGUCAACAAACGUAACGAAAUGCGGCUGGCAUUGGGCGCCACACCACAGGGGCCGGCACUUACCUGGGAGUGACGUGGUAGCUUGGGUGCUUGCAGUCUCCGCGCUGCCUGAAACGGCAGCGUGGGGCUUGCGUCUGCCCAACUUCUCUCCCUCAGCCGCCCUACAGCUGAGGGGGAGGCGGCGGAGAGGCUCCAUGCAGCAUGCUCUGCCCCUAUGGGUAGCUCGCCCUGCCCCUGGCUGCAGGACGCGCACGCUGCACUGGGCACCUGAGCAGCUAGCUAUGCUGCUGCUCAGGGGUCUGCUUCACCAGAAUGUUUCUCACGAGGAAGCACACUGGUGGAUCAAAACGCAGGAAGGCUGAGCCCAACUGCCAGGAUCAAAUAUGAUGUUGGGUCAGUUGAUUGACAGGUGGGGUUGGUUGAGGGAAAUAUCCCCUCAGGUCAAAUUGGACCCUCUGGCAUGCCACGAAGAGCCCACAUUCCAGCAUGACCUCAUGCUCUUCAAUGUCUACAUGAAACUGCUGAGGGAGCUCAUCCAGAGUUUUGGAGUGCAUUGUCCAAGUGUGGCAGUGGAUAUGUUUUCCUUGGGUUGCGGACCGGAUGGGAUCCAAUAAACCGAAGCUCAAUCCCGACAAGACUGAGGCACUGUUAGAGUGUGAUCCCCUGUUCUGGAUGGGGCUACACUCCCUCCAAAGGAGCAGGCGCAUAGCUGGACUGUCGCUUGAGGCUCAAGUGGCCUUGGUGGUGCCGAGUGCCCAGCUGCACCCCUCUCUGAACAGAAACAGCCUCAUUUCAGUUAUCCUUUCUCUGGUAGCCUCUAGGUUAGAUUAUUUUAAUGCCAUAUACACGGGGCUUCCUUUGAAGUUGAUUCAGAAACUGCAACUGGUGCAGAAUUCGAGAGCCAGAUGACUGACGUUAAGAUGGUCUGAGCAUAUAAAAUCAAUUCUGUCACCAAUUUUGUUUCUGUGCUCAGUUCAAAGUGCUGGUUUUGACCCAUAGACCCUUAUGUGACUUAAACCCCCAAUACCUCAAGGACAGUCUCUCCCCACAUGGACCAACCUGGAUCCUGUGCUCACCAUCCAUGUGCCCCCUUCAAGGGAGGAGCAGAGAGUGUUGACACAAGAACAGACCCUCUUCAGGGAGGCCUACCUUGUGCUUUCAUAACUUAACUUUAGGCACCAGGAAAAAGUGUUUCUACCAGGCUAUUGAUUUUUCAUUAUCUCUGGCUUCUUCCUUCAGUGGGUGGUAUGUUUUAGUCCUGCCCUUUAAAAAUAUGAAUGAAUUACAGAUUUUACUCUGCUUUAGUUUUAUGCUAGUUUUAAUGCUAUAUUUUUAAUGUUGCAAGAUGCUUUGAGUUACUUUAAAAAAUAAUACUAAUGAGUUAAAUAAAUUAUUGUGUCCCUCCCACCUGUAAAAGUUGGCCCGCAAGAAGGAGCCAGUUAGAAAAGGUUGCCCACCCCAGCUUUAACUAGUAAUGAUAAAUGAAACUUGAAGCAAUAAAGAACUUGAAACAUGCCUAUACUUGAAAUGUGCCUUUGCUGACAAUAGAUCUCAGUUUGCUUCUGGCAUCUUCUUUGACAAGAUGGCCAGUCAUCAGGGGUUUCUCUCUCCACCCCCCUCCAUUUGCAGUUAAUUACCCAUGCAAAGAACACGGUGUUUAACUUCAAGAGAUUCCACGGCCGUACAUGGAACGAUCCUUUUAUCCAGAAGGAGAAAGAGCACUUGAGCUACUCUGUUGUUCCAAUGAAAAAUGGAAAUGUUGGAAUAAAGGUAAGACGAAUUCAUCGCUUCUAUGAUUUUACUUCUUUUUUUUUUUUUGUCAAUCUCCUUUCGUAAGAUAAAUGGGAGUACCUCACACUAUGCCAACCUUGACUGCAGCUCAUGGUUUGUCUGGAGCAAGACAAACCAUGACCUUUGGUUUGAUGUUAAUGUCGAGUCAGGGGUAGAGAAUCUCUGGCCUGCUCACCUCAUUAGGUCUUCUAGGCCCAGCCAUGUCUGCCCAUCUUAUACUUGAUGUCAGGAGGGAGGUAAAGAGGUUUGUAGGCACCACCAGUCAGCUGUAAUGUGUUAUCUGAAUCGGAUAAAUGGUGGUUAAGCUUUAAUGUGUGUUUUGUUUGGAACAAACCAACCUCAGAUCAUAAUUAUGAAGCUGGCUUAUUUCAGCAAAAUAUUGUUAAGGCUUACCACUGUUAGGGUUUGGAUGAAAUAUUAAGCUGUGCUUAAAGGUAAAGGGACCCCUGAACAUUAGGUCCAGUCGUGGCCAACUCUGGGGUUGUGGCGCUCAUGUUGCUUUAUUGGCCGAGGGAGCCGGCGUACAGCUUCUGGGUCAUGUGGCCAGCAUGACCAAGCCGCUUCUGGUGAACCAGAGCAGCGCACGGAAACACCGUUUACCUUCCCACCAGAGUGGUACCUAUUUAUCUACUUGCAGUUUGACGUGCUUUUGAACUGCUAGGUUGGCAGGAGCAGGGACCAAGCAACGGGAGCUCACCCCGUCGCGGGGAUUGGAACCGCCGACCUUCUGAUCUGCAAGUCCUAGGCUCUGUGGUUUAACCCACAGCGCCACCCGCGUCCCUUAAGCUGUGCUUAAUUGAAAGCAAAAGCUUCUCAUGGCCAUAGUGGAGGGGAGCAAAGCUCCCUGCUGCUCAUGUCAUGAUUAACCAUAGUUUAUCUUUACACCUGAAUGUGGUUGUUGUGGCUUUUUCCCCGCCCCUCAUACUUCAGCCUUUUCUUCAGAUCUUGGCCUCCUGUCAGUUUUCUCACAUUCUCGGGGUGGCUCUCUGUGUGUGCGUGUUGCUCAUUUACAGCUAGCUUUGACUUUCAGAUGGGCAAUAGGAAAUGUUUUUGGAAUAAUUGUUUUGUAGAACGAAUGUUUGGUGAUUCGAAUCUAAGAAUAGGGGACUGACCUGGCUUGGGCCUGGUUGGAAUUGCUGCAAUAGUUGCUUUACUCUUGUUUCGUUUCUUCAGGUUAUGUACAUGGACGAGGAGCAUUUAUUUAGUGUGGAGCAGAUAACAGCUAUGCUGCUGACGAAACUGAAGGAGACGGCAGAGAAUAACCUCAAAAAGCCUGUCUCUGAUUGCGUUAUUUCAGUAAGUUAGCUCCAUUUAACCUUGGGUUUGUAUUUGUCUCCUCUUGUGCUGACCCUGUAGAAGCUUUUCAAUAUUUUGUUGUGCAGGUGUCUAUGCAACUUUGAAUAUUGAAUAUAACUGGACCCAGCGGGUGAUGUGGGGCUAUCUGAUGCUGCAGCAUCGGUGAAGCUAAGCAGGUGGAGAAUGAAAGAGAAACCUCUCUGGGACACCCACGUAAAUGUGGAGGCAUUGUUAAGAUGUGAAAAGAAAACAUUGCAUUUGGUUACUUAUAGAUCUAUAAGAGUAAUAUAUGAGUGUAAUUGAAAUAGGCAAGAGAUAAUGACAAGUACUAAUAGCACAUAUAUCAUGUAUUAGUGCAAAGUGGUGUGAAAUACUGUGGGCAGUAUCCAGCGUUCCUUUUCUGCCAAUGUAAGAGAGUUCCACUUGUGGAAUGAAACUUCCCCUCCUCUCCUCUUCCCUGCCCCCCCGCACCCUCAAAAUCAGCUAUAUUGGGGCAGGGGGACUUUCUGAAGCAGUUUCGGGACAGGCCUGUAGGAGAAGAGGAGGGGAAAAUUCCGUUGUACAAAGUGAGUUCUGCCUGUGGAGCAUUGGAUACAACCAAGACAUAAAAAAAUCAUACAGUAAACAUAUACACAAUGAUUACACUGGUCAACAACAAAUUUGUUGUCUGCAUUUUUUCAGUUGAUUUAGGACGAAUCUGAUGCGCUGAAUCCAAAAAUCACAUUGGUUUUGCUCAAUCAGGUCACGUUUUUGAGCUAUGGCCACAUGUAUUUUUUUACGUUUUUGUUCACGUGUACACUUGUGUGGAGCAUUUUAGAAGAAGUUGGUGGGGGUAAAAUGCCAUGUCGAAUAAUUGUUUUGAUUGGAAAUGAUUAUUUUAAUGACAAGAAGUAUUCAGGUCCGAUAGUUCUGAGUGAUUAUGUCGAAAAGGGAUCAGUUUGAAGUCAUAAAACCUCGAAAUCUUCCAUAAAUUGGUGCGGCAAGGCAUAAAGUUGGGGAAUCAAAGCUAAGUUAAUGGGGCAGCCGCCCCACAAAGUGUAUAGGAAACUCGAUGCCGAACUGUUGGCAUCCAGAUUGAAGGAAAAAAACCUCCUCUCUGACAGUGCUCGCAUCAGCUUCUUCCGCAACAGGCAUCAAGAGUACCUCCGUUUUUUCUCGGAAGAGAAGGACUUGGUGUACUGUGCAGAUAUUAUGCAGCUUCUGCUCAAGCUUGGAGUGCCACAGUACGAACCCAAAGAUUGGAGACUGUUCAUUGACAGCAGCAAGCGGUCACUGAAAUGUGUUCUGCUACACAACGGCAACCAGUUUGCCUCUAUACCCCUGGCUCACUCGACUACACUGAAGUAGAACUAUGAAGCGGUGAAGUAUGUGCUGGAGAAAAUUUGUUAUGAUCAGCAUAAGUGGUUUAUUUGUGUUGACCUGAAGAUGGUGAACUUUUUGUUGGGACAACAGUCUGCCUACACCAAGUACCCAUAUUUUCUGUGCAUGUGGGAUAGUAGGGACCAUGCUCAGCAUUACACGAAGAAGGACUGGCCUGUGUGGGAGGAAUUGGUGCCUUGCAAAGAAAGGAAUGUCAUCAACGACCCUCUGGUGGACAGAGACAGACUACUCUUCCCACCGCUGCACAUCAAGCUCGGCUUAAUCAAGCAGUUCACCAAGGCUCUGGACAAGGAUGGUGACUGCUUCACUUACUUGUGCCAGGCUUUUCCAGGAUUGACCAUGGAGAAGUUGAAAGCUGGCAUCUUUGACGGUCCUCAGAUCCAUCAGCUCAUCAGAGAUCCAGAGUUCGGAAAUUCAAUGAACGAAGUGGAACUGGAAGCGUGGAAGGCAUUUUUUCUGGUAGUGAAGAACUUUCUUGGCAACAAUAAGGCCAGAAACUACGCAGAACUUGUCAACAACAUGCUGACUGCUUUCAGAAACCUGGGCUGCAACAUGAGCGUCAAGAUGCACUACCUAUUUUCACAUAUGGACCGGUUUCCUGAGAACCUGGGUUCAAUGAGUGACGAGCGGGGGAGAGAUUCCAUCAGGACAUGAAAGAGAUGGAGACCAGGUAUCAGGGUCGCUGGGACGCAGUCAUGAUGGCUGACUACUGUUGGACUCUGAAGAGAGACCUCCCUGCCGCUGAGCAUUCCAGGAGUUUUAAGAAACGGAAGUUCAAGCCCUGACGUUUGAAAAAUAGUGAAGCGACAUGCAAUUUACGUGUACUUACCUUUAUCAAUGCCCACCAUUCAGUAUACAGUAAUCAAUGUUUCUAUCAGGUAAUCAAUAUAUGUUGCUGGAAAAACAUUUUUUCUCUUAAAAACAUAUUUAGGAUGAUAUGUGUUGACAAAAAUCAGCUGAUAAUGCCACAAAAAUGUAAUCGAUUUUGUCACAAGAUCUGAUUUUUUCAAAUCAACACAGCACAAAAACCUGACCUGAUGGAGAGAAACGGAUGCCAUUUCCUGAUUCAGCAGUGCAAAAAUACCCUAAAUCAGUUGUAGAAAUCUAGACAACAUUCAAAAAGUAAAAAAUUGUUACCCAGUGUUAUGAAUUCCUAAUAUAAGGCUUUUAAUUAAUUAUACAUUCGCAUGGAUAGUUGGCAAAAAAAAAAAAGAAUUAAUUCUACAUCAUAAACCACCAACGUGUGUUUUAAAAUUGGGUGGCUUAUGUUGAAGACUUAAAGGGAGCUGAUUUUUGCCAGCUUUCCAUGAAUUUAUAAUUAUGCAAACGUGUUAUGUAAAUGUAUUAUAUUGCAUGUUGCUACAGUGUGCCAUUCAUUUUAAAAUAACUGCAGAAGUGUGAGAAUAUGCAUUUUAAAACAUUUAUAUCCCAUCCUAUUGUGUGCUAACUUUUAUUUGCUUGGUAUUUAUGUACUUAAGCAUAGGUUGGGGUGAAGUGUUUUUUUGUUUGGUAAUAUUGAAUUUAUUCUGUGUUUGCUAAAUUGUUGACUUUCAUUAUUUUGAAUUUACUGACGUGUUUUGUAUCUUGUAUAUUUGUGUUUCCAAUGUUCUCUAUUUUGAUGUUUUGAAUGUGUGCUGUAAUCCACUAUGGGCACAGCUAGUUGAGGAAAAGUCACAUCUUAGUAAAAUCAAUCGGUCUUCUCAACAUGUUACUCAAUGCAAUGUCCUUGCUGAAAUCAGCCGUCAGGGUUGCACUGGGGCGGCGAAUGAGAAGCCAACUUAGUAGCCAGGGCUGAAACAAUGUGCCUUUAAAUUACUGCAAAAGAAGCCCAGAGAGAUUGUAUUUUAAAAACAAACUAGCAGGACUUUUGGUAACCCUCCAUACCUCUAUGUGAUCGCUUCCCCUAGGUUCCAACUUUCUUCACUGAUCCUGAAAGGAGGUCUCUGCUGGAUGCUGCUCAGGUUGUGGGCUUGAAUUGUCUCAGGCUCAUGAAUGAUAUGACAGCAGGUGGGCCAAUGAAAUUUACUUCCUGUUUACGUAGAACAAAGUGUCUCUUCUCACGAUUAUAGCCACGCCUACCGUCGAUGCGAAAGCAUAUUGUGAAAAUGUGCUGUCCGGGCAUGUAAAUUUUCCCAGCAGAUGUGUAAGCUCAGAAAACUGCUUCUGGAGUUCAUAAGGGCAUUAGGUGUCAGCUAAUAACCAAUUUAUCAAGGCCGCAUGGUUGGGGAUGGUGAAGGGAAAAGGCAGACUGCAACUAUUCAUCUUUUCUGCUACAUUUCUGAGUAAGCGAACUUUGCUGUCUUAAGUGUAUGCCAGGGUUGAAUGCAGCGUCGCCUCCCCAGCUGGAAGUGCCAUUGACUUUCUAGCUGUCGUAAGCAGCUUUGACUUAACAUCAAUGGUUUGUCUUUUCCCAGUGGCCCUGAACUACGGGAUUUACAAGCAGGACCUUCCAGCUCCGGAAGAGAAACCACGAUUGGUGGUGUUCAUAGAUAUGGGCUACUCGGCAUUUCAAGUCUCCGCCUGCGCUUUUAACAAGGGUAAAGUGAAGGUAGGCAGAGCCUGAGGGGCCGAUAUGAGCAGACCUGUGGGCAAACUCAUUUCCGGGAAUGUGGAUGCAGAACGUCGAAAACUGGAAAGGCGAGGAGAAAAGCUCUAUGCAGAGUGUUGCAAACAGGACAGAAAGCAAGCAGCAUGUGGUCAACUGGGGCCAGAGGUCUGAGUGGUUCAGCUAGGAGCGGUGCAUCAGGCAGGGCUAAGCCGCAGCAGGAGCGUCCUGGCUGCAGGGCUGCUGCUACUUCCCACGAAGGGGAGAGGGAGGUGACAAGUGAGGUCAGGGCUGCCUUUGUAUCGGUGUAAUGUGGACAAUGGGAUAAAUAACACAAUGCUUAGUCUCGUGUCUUGAGGAGCACACCCCCCAUAUCUGGAUGUUCUGAGAUAAGAGACCAGGUGCACUGGGUUACCAUAGCAACAGAGGUCGGGUGUGUGACUGCUGAGUCAUUCACCCUCCCAUUGGCUCAGGGAUGUAGAGACAGGUAUAAUAGUCUCUGGGGCAUUGCUUUCAUUGGGUCCAGUUACAUCUCCUGGUGCUGUCCUGGUCUGACUCUGAAUCUGUGAGAGUCAGGAAAAGGCUGUGGGUUUUGCACAGCAGCGUUGGCUAGCAUGGCAAUUGUGUCAGCAGAUCUCUCUGUACAUACGUAUACAGUGGUACCUCGGGUUACAUACGCUUCAGGUUACAGACUCUACUAACCCAGAAAUAGUGCUUUAGGUUAAGAACUUUGCUUCAGGGUUUGAACAGAAAUUGCGUGGCGGCGGCAGGAGGCCCAUUAGCUAAAGUGGUGUUUCAGGUUAAGAACAGUUUCAGGUUAAGAGCGGGCCUCUGGAAUGAAUUAAGUACUUAACCCGAGGUACCACUGUAUUUAAUUCAGAAACCAGAAGAACUGUAUAUAGUAAAUAGCUGUCUUGCUCCUGAAGACAGUGAUCACUUUGUUGCUUUGCACUGUGUGGGAGAGGAGUUUUCCCCUCAACUAGGGACUCUGGAAGAAGCUGUCUGCUGGGAGCAGGAAAACCCUGAAGACUCUACUGAGGCUCUGCAUACUGGGACGAUACAUCACACGGGUUGCGGUGUGGUGAACUACCAACUGGCUUGCACAAGUCACUAACAGUGGGCGUGUUGACGGGAGUGCCAGAUCGGCUCUGUUGGUGUACCUGCACAACUCCAACCUCCCCCUCUCCCAGGGAAUGGCAGUGGCAUCACUGAUGGGCUGUUUAUUGCUACAGCUCCACCCCAUCUGGUGAUCCACUCCUGUCCUUUCCAUUCAUCCUUCCGCCAAGUUACCUGUCCCCAGUGUUCAGCAUGAUGUGGCCAAUGAGCACACUCCACUCCCAUUGGACAAUCCUGGGGUUCCCUCCACCUCUUUGCUUUAGUUGUGCUUCUGUAAAUUUUGUGGGUCUUUUGUGUAUCUGUAUUGUACGUUUCGGCCACUUGAGCAACUGCGCUCACACCGGAACUUCGGAAAUAGACGGAAUGAUGGAAUCUUACCCAUGAAUUAUGCCUGCUUGAUUUGAGUAUGUUCUCCCAAGCUGGCCCUAAACUGGUCCUGCCUGUGUUGAUUUAGCAUGCACUGGGAGCUCUGCGUAUGUUUGUACAUGGAUGUCAAUGUUAUGAUUAGACAACGCUGGUUGGUAGUGCCGUUUGCUUAGCCUUCGUAUCAAUAGUCAUUUCAUUCCAGGUUUGAAUGACGGUGCUAUGUAGGGCAGCUAACAUUGCCUUCUUUUCUUCCAACCAGGUGCUUGGCACAGCUUUUGAUCCUUUUCUGGGCGGAAAAAGCUUUGAUGAAAAACUAGUGGAUCACUUCUGUGCUGAAAUAAAAGCCAAGUACAAACUGGACCCCAAAUCUAAAGUACGGGCCCUUCUUCGUUUAUACCAGGAGUGUGAGAAGCUGAAAAAACUAAUGAGCUCAAACAGCACAGAUAUCCCACUUAAUAUUGAAUGCUUUAUGAAUGAUAUAGACGUGUCUGGAAAGAUGAAUAGGUGAGAGAUCCCUCUGAUGCGGUUCAAUUAUACUGGAAAGAAUAGAUUGCAUGGAAACCUUUGAACAAAAAGACAAACAAGAGAAGGUUUAUACUUCAUAGGAAGCACGUCAGAUAUAGUUCUACGUUACAGUUCUGUCACCACAAGGAUUUCUGCUUGCCCUGUGGGGCGUUCUUCCCCCUGCACACCCCCUAAAUCUGUCCUAGGGGUUCCCCCAACCCUCUGGAGCAGAUUUGGGGAAGGUGCAGGGUGCACACAGUGGCAGGAAGAGGAGAGGAAAUUGUGCAAGCGGAAGUCUUUGCACUUGCGGGAUGCGGUAGCUGAAGGCCAUCCUUUGUAAAAAGUGUGAAGUAGCCUUUUCUAGGCAUGCACAGGAGCUACUAAUGGAGGCACCAGUGAACUGUCCUUAUCCUUGUCUUGACCAGGCACAGGAGUGUCGUGCCCAGUGAGGUGGCGCUGCAGUGCUAGCUUCCAGGCAAUGGUUUUGCUUACCAAGGAGGAGAGAAGUUUGUGGGGGUGCCAGCUCACCCGCAGGAGCUCCAGAUCAACUUCACUGCACAACUCCAGCCUCCUUGCCCCACCCUUCCUCCUGCUAAGUGGAAGUAACUGCCAUUAAGUCUAAACGUAACAGUAGCACCCCUGUCUUUCUCCCCUUUCAAGUGAAAGCUCUCAAGACUCUGUCUCCAGCCACAAUAUGUGAAUGUGCAUUUGCCAUCAAACACCUGCUUUGGGGAGCUCCUUCCUUCCCAUUUUGUCCCUAGUUCACUGGUGCAGAAGAAAAGCUUUCUCUCGCUUUUGAACCAACCAAGGCGAUCAGGGUUGAGCAAUCGCCACAGACUGCCUUGCUUGAACUCCAGGGAAGCCUCAGCCCUCGGUUUCCCUUUGUGUUUUUUCUGCCUAGAUCCCAGUUUGAAGAAAUGUGUGCUGACCUCUUGCAAAAAAUAGAGCUUCCCCUUCGUUCCUUGAUGGACCAGACUCAGCUCAAAGUGGAGGAUGUGCACGCUGUGGAAAUUGUUGGCGGAGCCACGCGCAUGCCAGCUGUCAAAGAGAAGAUCGGGAAGUUCUUUGGCAUGGACGUGAGCACCACACUGAACGCCGACGAGGCUGUCGCAAGAGGCUGUGCCUUGCAGGUGCGUGGGCAACAACCUCCUUCUGGGAGAUGGGUCUCUUGGCUUCAGCUGGUCCACAUUUUGGGGGUGCCUUUGGAAGGGAGCAUUUCUGCUGGAGAAGUGGCGGGUGGUGGGACCUUAACCCACCCAGCAUCGUUCUGCUCUAAAUUUCCCCCACCCUGCCGGCAGCUUUCCCUCCACAGGUUAAAAACAAGUACUUAUUAAUUACAUGUAUGCUUCCAAAACAAGUCGUGAUAUCAUGUUGAAUCUGUCUGGAUAUAUGUACCUGGCAACUGAUUUUAGUGUUGUCUGGUUUUGUUUGAAUGAUGUAAUUCUGUUUCCUUUAAUGGUCACCCACUUUCUCACGGCCACGCAUCUCAAGUGAUGCGAGUUUCCCAGAAAAAAAUUUUUUGCCUCAUUGGGAAACUUGUCGCUCCUAUCUUUAGUAAAUGAAACUUCAAAUGUUUGAUGCUUCCAAACUUGCGUUACGUGGCAUUUGUGGUUGGCAUCCAUUUAUUGUUGCUCUUGAGCUUACAAAAGGAAAAUUUUUAUGCGGAAAAACUAAAAAAGUCCUGGGAAAUUUUUCCCCCCAUCCUACCUCACCGGUUAUCCUCAAGUUGUAUGACAAAUCCGUAGCUUCUGAAUUAACGUACUAUCUCAUGUGUAUAUUUAUUGUUUAUUUAAUGCUGUUUAUAGACCGUUUUUCAGGCAGACCUCAGUAAUUUUCAUGAGAUUGACACAAAAAUAAGCAUUCCUUUUUAUUUCUGAAAAAAAAAGUUCAAAUAAAAUGAAACAGGUGACUUGUUUGUGUAGAAGAUGCUGUUUCUACUUCUGUCCUCAAGAUAAGCUGGUCCUUUUUUUUGUUUGUUAUAUAAUAACUUAAUUCCAGGUAACGUGUCUCACUAGGAUUACAUCGCAAAUUGGUUUUGCUGUUACAGCUUCUGCACAUAAAGAUGCUUCCUUGUCUCUGAUGUUUAGUCUCUUCUGUUUGGCUAAACCAGUAGCACAUCCCACUGUUUCUUCCUCACAUCUUGCUUUCUCUGAGCUAAUGGAUAGACUUUAACUGGGGGGAGGUUUCUAAUUCCAUCUUUUUAUCUCUUAGUGUGCAAUUCUGUCUCCAGCUUUUAAAGUUCGAGAAUUCUCCAUCACUGAAUCCGUUCCGUUCCCAAUAUCACUGCUGUGGAGCACAGAGUCUGAAGAUACUGAUGGGUAAGAAACACCCCCCCCCCCAAAAAAAAUAUUUCCUGUUCUUGCACAACUGACCUCCUAAUGUUAACGUGCAACUCCGGUUGGGGCUAGCCAGCUGCACAAUUGGGGCCUGCAUACCUUGGAUUUUACAGAUAAGACCUCAUUGUGUGUUGUACCCCACAUGGGUACAGCUGGUGAUGUCGAAGGCAGGGCAGCUCUGUUGGGAUUUGGGAAGCGCUGUACCUCAUUGAUAGAGCAUCUGCGUUUUGUGCAGAAGGUCCCCUGUUCAGUCUUCAGGUAGGACUGGGAGAGAUUCUCUCUGAAACUCUGGAGAGCUGCUGCCGGUCAGUAGACAGGGUUGAGUUAGAUGGACCAGUGGUCUGACUCUGUAUAAGGCAGCUUCCUAUGUUCCUGGAUAGGAAGAUAUACUUUAGAUGAUAUUGGUGAGAGAGUUACCAAUCAAGUCCUGAAAUAAAUAGCUCCUAGAUAUUAAAGUCAUACCUACGGGACCGCCUCUCCUGGUAUGUCCCACGGAGGACCUUAUGGUCUUCAAAAAAAAACAUCUUGGAGGUCCCGGGCCACAGGGAGGUUAGACCGGCCUCAACCAGAGCCAGAGCUUUUUUGGCUGUGGCCCCGAUCUGGUGGAACGCUCUGUCACAAGAGACUAGAGCCCUGCGGGACUUGAUAUCUUUCUGCAGGGCCAGCAAGACAGAGCUGUCCAACCAGGCCUUUGGCCAAGGCACAAUCUGACCCCCUCCUUUGGUAAUCCUCACAGAACUGUAGCCCAAUGGUUGCCAUUAUUUUGCUUCUGAUUUGAUUUUAGGAUGAAUUGAUUUUAGAAUGUAUUUCAAUUAAUUGAUUGUGACUUUAUAUAAAUGGUGUUACUUUUACUGUUGUUAGCCACUCUGAGCCCAGCUUUGGCUGGGGCGGGUGGGAUAUAAAUAAGUUGUUUUUUUAAUUAUUAUUAUUAUUACUAUGUGCAAUACACAUUUUACAGAAGGUCAGGUGUGGUGGGCCAGUUGCAAUCUACUGUAAGGUUGGCUUCAAAAUAAUACGGAGGUCUAACUUGUUCUCCCUCUCUUUUGUUUUGACUGUAGAAUUCAUGAAGUGUUCAGCAGGCAUCAUGCAGCCCCUUUUUCCAAAGUCUUGACUUUUUACAGAAAGGGCCCAUUUGAACUCCAAGCUUUCUAUUCUGAUCCCGGUGGCACCCCCUACCCUGAGAAAAUGAUUGGUAAGUGAAUGUUCCCUUCUCAGCCAAUAUACCGGUUGCUGGAAAACACAGAAGGGGAACGGGCUCUUGUGGUCGAAUCCUGCAUCUGGUUGGUCACUCUGAGGAGGACAGGAUGCUGGACUAGAUAGGCCACUGGCCUGAUCCACCAAGUUCUUAAGAUUUCAAUCCUUGGCAGUGUUUAGCCGUAUAAAAUUGGCAUUGCUAGUCCGAUAAUGGCCUAGUACACACAUAAUGUUAAACUCUGGUUAAUAUGACUGUGCAAUUGCUGUGUCAUGAUAGAAAGACAAAAUCAGAGCCUCACGUGGCAUUACUUGCAGUUUCCCACCAAACCAACCAUGACUGGAAACCAAGAUUUGUUCUUGGCUUAUUGUUCAUCAUUUCUUUGGCUGAAACAAACCACCAGCCCUGGUUUGCAUGUAGCACCAAGCCUUGCUCUGGUUUGUUUGCUCCUUAGCAUGGCAACAGCAGGAGUGGGAAACGAGUGAAGUAAGAGCUUUUUGGCAACAUGCGCCAACAUGCCGGUUUACAUUAAACCAUUUUUAACUGUGGUUUAAUACUUUGCACAAACCAGGGCAUUGGCAGAUUUGUAUCUCUGGCUGUGUGGUAUACUGCAGAAAUGUUGCACAAAGUUCCUUUUUUAAAAAAGAAAAGAAAAAGUAGCACUGGAGUUUUGUGUACACACCCAGUAUUUUUUUUAACAUUGCAGCGCCGACUGGUUGUGUCAGUGUUGUUGAAACAAUAACGAUAAUUGCAAUGGAGUUUCAUGCCCACUCAUGUCAUUGGAUCUAGUAAUGUUGGCUUCAGCUCUUAAGCAUUAAAAGUCCUAGACAGUUUGAAAAAUUUUCCAUCCUUUUUUAGUCUUGCGUCUCUCGAUAGUUGAGGGCCUUCUAGAAAUGGCGUGGUUUGGGGGAUAAUUUACGACUCCCGUGCUUAACUUUGGGACCACUCUCUUGUUUAAAGGCAAAUACGUUAUCCAGAAUAUCGCAGCCCAGAAUGAUGGGGAGAAAACUAAAGUCAAGGUCAAAGUUCGCAUCAAUACUCAUGGCAUAUUUAGUGUCUCUACUGCGUCUAUGGUGGAGCAGAUGAAAGAGGAAGAGAAUGAAAAUCACAGUGUUGAGGCUGUAGUAGAUGCUCAGAAUCAAAAACCUUCAGAGGAGGACAUUAAUGUAAGUUGGGUUCUUCACCUGGAAUACACGGCCAUCCUUCAGUGGUAGGGGCACAUUUCUUUCCGUGCGGAAGGGCUGGGGUUCAGUCCCUGACACAGCCAAUUAAAUAGCUCAGAUAGCUGUUCCCUUUGUGUGACCCUGGAGGACCAUUGCCAGUCAAAACAGAUGAUAUAUAAGGCAGAUUCCUAUGUACGUCUGGUUGGAAAACUUUAAAAUUACUUGAGAGGAAGCAAGCUUUUCAUUGUUCUAUUUUCUUUUUCUAUAAGAUGGGAAGGGAGGUAUUUCUACAGCCUCAUGGGGAAAAUUAGGCUGUAUAAACACUGUACCUUUAAAGCACACACACAGACACCCUGAGAAUUCUGGGCACUGUAGUUUAAGGGUUCCUUGGAAUUUUAACUAUGUGAGAAGUGAAUUCUUCAAGGGAAAGAAUGUUGUUCAAAGGUAUAAUGUGUAUGCAGCCAUAGAAAUGGUGUGGAAUGCCUUCCAUCAGCUUCAGCUGGUGGCCCAGCUCUGCCCAUCUGGAUAGCCUAACUACUGUUGCCUACGCUCUAGUAACCUCUAGGUUAGAUUAGUGCAAUGUGUUAUAUGUAGGGCUGCCUUUGAAGAUGGUUCAGAAACUUCAGCCUGUGCGGAACUUGGCAGCCAGGUUACUCACGGGGACAAGAUGGUUUGAGCCUAUUAUACCAAUCCUGGCCCAACAGCACCAGCUGCCAGUUAGUUUCGGGCCCAAUUCAAAGUGCUGCUUUUGACCUAGAAAGCCUUAAAUGACUCAGAACCACAGUAUCUCAAGAGCCACCUCUCCCCCUAUGACACUGCGAUCAUCACCUGAGGCCCCUCUUUGUGUGCCGCCUCCUGAAGAGAUCCAGAAGACAGCAACACAAGAAGGGGCCUUUUCCAUGAUGGGUCCCCAGUUGUCAAACGCUCUUCCCAGGAAGGCUCACUUGGCAGCUUCAUUACUUACCUUUCGGCUCCAGGGGAAAAUGUUUCUCUACAACCAGGCCUUGGGGCUGAUGAACAUUCUGUGGCCUUUUAAAUACAGUGGUGCCUCGCAAGACGAAAUUAAUCCGUUCCGCGAGUGUCUUCGUCUAGCGGUCUUUUCGUCUUGCGAAGCAACCCUAUUAGCGGAUUAGCGCUAUUAGCGGUUUAGUGGCUAUUAAAGGCUUAUCGGCUUAGCUGCUAAAAGGCUAUUAGCGGCUUAGCAGCUUAGAAAAAGGGGGGGGAAGUGAAAAAAAAUCUCAAGACUCGCAAGACAUUUUCGUCUUGCGAAGCAAGCCCAUAGGGAAAUUCGUCCUGCGAAGCAACUCAAAAACGGAAAACCCUUUCGUCUAGCAGGUUUUCCGUCUUGCGAGGCAUUCGUCUUGCGGGGCACCACUGUACGUUUGUGGGAAGGGAGUGUUUACUGGAUUUUGUUUUAUUGUGUAUUGCAUGUUCUCAUUUUGAAUUAUGUUGUGAACUGCCCUGUGAUCUUUGGGUGAAGGGCGAUAUACAAAUUCAAUAACUAAUAUAUUCACAUUAAUAAUUAUUAUAAAUUGUGCUAUAGUACGCAAUUCACCUAUCAGAUUGGAUCAUCUCUUUAGAGUUGUUCCAAUAAUUGGGAUGGCUACUUGGAUUUGAAUUUCCAUCAGCCUCAGUCAGGGAUGCUGGGCAUUUUAGUGUAACAACAUCUGGACGACUGCAAAUGAUUUCUCUCUGGCAAAAUGCUUAUUUGUGAUGCACUCACAAGUGACACAUUUACUUUUAAUCAUAAUAAUAAUGUUUUGGAAAGCUUCUUGCGGUAUCUUGUUUACAGCCUGUGUGUUAUCAAGCAUUAAAUUUUUUGUAGAUUCUUACUGAAUCCAUGUACAUGUCCUGUUCACAUCACUUGUGCCUGGGAUCCCAUUUCAGAACUUUAUCCAGCAGGGCAAUCAUGAGGCUGGAGCUCAGCCCCAGGUACAAACAGAUGGUCUGCAGACGUCACAGUCUCCCCCUUCUCCUGAGACUCCCUCUGAAGAAAACAAAAUCCCAGAUGCCAGAAAAGUGAGUGACCCUUUAAUGCCUUCCGCUGAAGGAAAAGUAGAAAUUCAAUUAACUCGGUAUAAAAGUAAUCUCCCUUCAAAACACUAGAAGCAACCUGGUGCUCCUGGCAACGUGUGUUGGCAGGAUCAAGGUCGCUUGAGAUUGUGCGAGAACUUUAAAAACAGAUUUUCUGAGAAACGCCUGCCAAUCUGGCAUGUGUCAAUGUUCUUUCUCUGCUGUCCGCCCCAGGGAAACGAAAAGAAGAACGACCAGCCUCCCGAAGCGAAAAAGCCCAAGAUGAAAGUGAAGAAUGUCGAGCUGCCUAUUGAGGCGAACUUGGUCUGGCAGCUCGGAAGAGACCUGCUCAACAUGUACAUUGAAACGGAGGUGUGUGAAAUGAGGGUCAGGCAUUGUAUAUACAGAUAGCAGUCACAACCUCUGAAUGGUAGACCUUAAGUUGCUAAGAUGGUACCACCCACGCACAGAGUGGGGAGGAGGUAUUGGCAUGCUCAAAGAAACCUAAGAGGGCAAAAUCCGUAAACAACCCUAUGAGGGCUAUGCAUGCUCAGUGGGUACCAUAGCCGGGGUGGUGGUGGUGGAAUGGGCACUGGCCAGAAGCACUCCACACAUCCUUUUUUGUUGUUGCAGGUCCCACUUGUCUUAAUCUCAGGCCCCAUCUGCAUUAUACGUCUAAGGCUCGGUCAUACAACUUUGGGCUUCCCCAAAAAAAUCUUGGGAACUGUCGUUUGUUAAGGAUUCUGAGAGCUGCUGGGAAAGUCCUGUUCCCCCUCACAGAGCUCCAAAUUCUCAGAGUGGCUUUAGCGAUUAGUCCCUCUUCCCAGGAAACUGAGAAUUUUAGCUCUGUGAGGGGGAAUAGGAGUCUCCCAACAACUCUCUUAACAAACUCAGUUCCCAAGAUUCUUUGGAAAAUUCUUAUAUCAAUUUCUAUAAGAAUGUAUGGGAGUAUAUUACAUUUUUUUUGUUUGUGUAAGUACAUCUUUGUUCUCUUCUCCCACCCCCCACUUUCUCACCUUUUUCUCUCUUUCACUAUUUCUUUAUAAUAGAAAUUCUUGCAAUAAAAGAUUAAUAUUAUAUUGGUGGCUAUUUAAAAAAUGUGAAUAAAUUAAAAGCUUUACAGUACUGCAUUUGUUUCACUAAUAUUUACAGUAUUGUAAACAAAGUCUUGGAAGGGCCUUUGUGUUUCAUUUUGCCAAGUAUAGUUACCUGGUCUUCAGAAUCUGAUGAUUUAAUGUAAUUGUUUUUGUUAAUCAAAUAGGGCAAGAUGAUUAUGCAAGACAAACUGGAGAAGGAAAGGAAUGAUGCAAAGAAUGCAGUUGAAGAAUAUGUUUAUGAUUUCAGAGACAAGCUAUCCGGACCAUAUGAGAAAUUUGUGUGUGAGCAGGUACUUACUUUAUUUAUUCAGCAUAUUUCUGUACCACCCUUAAUCAAGAAUGCCUCUAAGAUAGAUAGCAAAAUGUAAGUUAAGUACUGUAGAUAUUCAUCAAACAGUGGCUUCAUAUAUUUAGCGUAUCGUAACGCCUAUCCCAACUAGUUUCCAAAAUAUUAUAAAUUCCACAAACGGGGUGGAUUUCAGCAGCUCUUGGUACAUUUGACUGUAAAAGUAACAAGUAGAUUAAUUGGUACCAGUAUCAACACAUGUGUAAAAUUAUUUCUAGGAAGCUUUUUGAUAGUCGCUUUGUCAGAGUUUCCCUCAAAUUCAAGGUGGUUGAUUUUUAAAUCUUGGCAAUCAAAAUCUCCUUUCUUUAUGUUGGCUGCCUCGACAGCAAGGUGAGGAAACUCUUAAAAUCCAAGGGCUGCCUUCUGUCCUGGGGGGCGGUAUAUGCCCAAUGGUAUAUGCCCAAUUCCUGCUUGGCAGGGGGUUGGACUCGAUGGCCCUUGUGGUCUCUUCCAACUCUAUGAUUCUAUGAUUCUAUUCUAUGGUUGGAGGAGGCAACAGAUGACAUGUCACAUGACAGUCAGCGUUUUUCCAGCCCCCCACCCCCAUGUUUCUCCAUCCCGGCAAGCAAAGGGCAUUCUUGUAAUUCAUUGAUCACAGGCACUCAAGAGAGUGUGGCAUGGGGGGGCGUUGCUUGGGGAGAGUUGUGUGGGUCAGAGAGAGGGGCCUGCUGGGUUGCAUUCAGCCCCUGGGUCUGCUCUGGAGCAUCAAGAGUUUAAGGGGGUGCAGAUGGGGCUUAAAGGCCCAGUAGGGAAAGGAGAUCAGCAAUUGGAGGCCCAACCCAGUCUUUAAGAAAUGGUCCCUAGCAGGACUCUGGUUAUGAAUGUAGAAGCUAGUGAGGUAGGGACAAGGAGUGUUAAUCUACUUGUGAGGUUGAAGGGGCUCGGCCUGCCACUCUCCAUUCCGUUUAGAGCCAUGGUUCCCAACAUGGGGCACACGCCCCCACAGGGGGGCAAUUUGAUUUUUAAGGGGGGCAAUUUGGAAGCUUGUUUAUACCAAGUUAAUGGCCUUUAAGGCUUCUUCCACGUGACUAGGAGUUCACUUUUUGAAUAAUCUGAAUUAUAUGUCACCGGGGGGAGGGGGGCACCAGGAUUUUAGAGAUGCUUAGGUGGGGCAUACCAAGAAAAGGUUGGGAAACACUAGAGAGCCAGUGUGGUGUAGUGGUUAAGAGCGGUGGACUCGUAAUCUGGUGAACCGGGUUCGCGUCUCCGCUCCUCCACAUGCAGCUGCUGGGUGACCUUGGGCCAGUCACACUUCUCUGAAGUCUCUCAGCCCCACUCACCUCACAGAGUGUUUGUUGUGGGGGAGGAAGGGAAAAGAGAAUGUUAGCCACUUUGAGACUCUUUCGGGUAGUGAUAAAGUGGGAGAUCAAAUCCAAACUCUUCUAUUGAAGCUCAGAGGAUCUUUUUGCCUUGAGAAGUCAUUCAUUGCAGGAGGGGGUUGUAUUGUGUCAAGGCUUUCCCCAGAUACACGGCGUGUGAGCUGGCUUCCACAUUUACUGGAAAACCUCUUAAGUUUUCCCAGAACACUUAGGACUCCUUCUUUCUCUCCUCAACAACAAUCCGUCAAGAUUGUGUGGCUUUAUUUUGCACCAGUUAACAUUUUGACUUGUUUUGUAAAGUUUUCCCGGUAGCAGGGGGGUGGGUUGGCACAAUCUCGAAAACGUAUUCUUGGGACUUUUGCUUAGGAUCGCCACCGCUUCUCCGCGCUGCUGUCAGAGGUAGAGGACUGGCUAUACGAGGAAGGAGAGGACCAGCCUAAACAGGUCUAUAUGGACAAACUGGCUGAGUUAAAGGUAUGGUUACUUUCAUGAUGUGGGUGGUGUGAAAGGAAGAGUUGUUGUGGGUUGAUUAAAUUCCUUUCGGGUCAGAACAAUCCUUGCAACUGCGUAAGGCUCAAUACAGUCUCCCAUGUAUUCUUCUGCUGUAGAUUUUAUCAGUGGGUUACAGCAAGUAUUUUUUUCAGACCCAGGCCCCACUUUUAACCCAAACAUGCAUUUGGGGAACUAUUUUUUAAUCUUUUACCAAAUAGUUGCAUGGUGGUUCCAGCCCACCAGUUUGAAAACCCAGUUUAUUAGAGAAAGUAUAAUUUAUCCCAUUAUGAGGUGGUGUUCUGGUCGACCCUUAAGAAACCAUAUGAAUAUCUUCCUGGGUUCAGGGGCUGUCUAAUAAUUCUGUUACUGGGAUAGGUGGUGGCAAUAUAUCUGAACAUUGGAACAUUCAUUCACUCAUUUUAUUUGUAAAUUUGCUUUUACGCACACACAAAAUCCUGCUCAAAGCAGUUUACAACAAAGAAGCAGGGGUGCAUUUCAACCAAACACUACAAAAACAGAAUUUCAUAAUAACAUAGCCAAUCAAAAAAUAUAAUAACCAAAAAACCACAUUUCAAUAGUCUGCAUCUCUCAGACCUGCUUUGAUUAAUUCAUUACUAUUCGCCUUUACAGCUGGUCCUCCUGCAGCUGUGAUUUCUGUAUUACUUUAUAUUUUGCCAUUUAUUUAAUGGUUAGUCAACCGUAAUAAACAUUUGAUUUAUUAGAUUUGGGGGGAGUUAGAAGAGACUUUAGGGGGCAGGAAGAUCCAGUGCAAGGGGCCAAAGACCUUUUCGUAGGCAUUUUAGGUGGUAGAUAAGCCAUCUAAAUGUUUCCUUGAAUGUAUGGUGAAUCAUUCUGGUCUCUCUAGAAAUUUGGGACUCCCAUUGAAGCAAGGUAUCAAGAAGCAGAGGAACGACCAAGGUUGCUGGAUGAGUUGCAGCAUAAAGCACAAAACUAUGCCAGGAUUACUGACGAAUACAGGAAGAAGGUGUGUGUGAUAUCACUGAGAGCGAAUUUGAUGUGUUGUUGCUACUUGUUCAGUUGAUUUAUAUCCCACUUUUUGACUAGUCUUCAAAGCAGCUAAUAACUUAGAAUUAUAAAUAUGUUUGUAAAAAAUGUACACCCACAAAGCUGGAUGCAAGAAUUAAAAGCUGCAAUGCGCAACAAUUAAGACAUAGAUUAAAGCAUUUAAAAAAUAAGAUAUUAGAGCAGCAUUUAUGGUCCAAAAGGUCUCCUAAAAUAAAACCAUUUUAGCCUAUCUGAAACUUAGUGAGAAUGGUGGCUGCCUGAUAUCUAAUAAGAGAAAGUUGGGCCCACAACUGAUGGGAGUUGUAGUCCAAAACAUUUGGGGAAACCUCUGAGAUACUUUUCUUAUAUGGUGAUUUUCAUUCAGCCACUAGCCCAGCAAAAACUGCAAAGUUGAAGACAACAAACCAGUCUUCCACAUUAAUAAUAUAUUUGAUUUUAUUUGGUAAUGGCCAAAAAUUCAGUAUGGUUUUAAGGCCAGAUAAGCAUUUUUAUUUAAUUUCCAUGUCCCAUCAAAAUUUUCCAGCUUCAUGAAGACAUCACAUUUUGUCAUAAAGCAAAUUCCCCAUAUCUUCCUUCCAAAACUGUCAUUAUCACAAACUAAUCUUAAUGCAAUAUGAAUUCCUUUUUAUUUCGGAAAUAAUUAAUCUUAAAAGCUUCCCCCCAGCAGAAUUAUUACACACACACACACACCUGGUCAACCAAAAAUUAGAAACAAACAAGGGAAAAUGUUUGAAUCAAAUAUUGGCUGCCUGAUGUAACUUGUAUGUCAGCGUCAUAAAUCCUGUUUCUAGUUGAGAGUUUGGCAAUCUUUUGGCAGAGCUGGCCCAGAGUAACCUCAGAAAACUCACUGACUGAUCAUAUACCCAUUAUCCCUUGCAUGAUUUUUAGCGAAGUGCAGAGUUCAGGCAUGAAUCUUUCUGUACUUUUAUAUAUAGCCAAUAACUGAUAAUUUAUAUUUCACCAUAAAUGGUUAUAUAGCCCAAUCUUGUUUCUUACAUAGGAGGGUGUAAAAUGUAAGGAAGACCAUUGGCCAUGUAUUUGCCAGAUCUUAGAGUAGUUUUCACACAAUGUGGGCCAGACACACAACUCCCCUCUUUACAUGAGUCCCAAAAUGGGAGAAGAGGAAGCGCUCAUUAUUCACACUUUCCUGUUUAUCCCGUUUGAGGGGAUUAUGCAAAGCAGCACUUAGUUCAGGGAUUGGCAACCUUUAGCCGAAACAAUAGCUGACAGCCACAUCAGACGUUCAGCUUACGAAAAGCGUUUGAAAACCAGAACACUUACUUCCGCGUUCUUGGUUGCCAGGAACCAAGGUUCAUAACUGACAUCCUAGGUUAAGCAUCAGAUAUAGGAUAUUACUUGUUCAUCAGCUUGAGGAUGCCAGGGAAAACAUAAUCUCCAAUGUACUGCGUUAUUCUGUGUUUCAGAAUGAGAAGUACCUCCAUAUUGACGAAACUGAGAUCAACAAAGUAGAAAAAUGUGUCCGUGACACAAUGGAAUGGCUACACAACAUUCGGAACGCCCAAGCAAAGCAAAGUCUAGAUCAGGAUCCUGUCGUGCGUGUGAAUGAGAUCAAAGGAAAGCUGAGGGUAAGUGUUAAUCAUGGCACAGCAACACUUUCUGAUGGUUCAUCUCCCAGGAUAGACGAGCCUAGGUGAAGUUCAUUUUGAAGACAAAGCGGGGAGAGCAGGAUGAACUAAUGCAGGCAUAGAUGUUGAGAUAUUGCAGGGCUGGGGCCUUCCAGACGUCGCUGGAUUACAACUUCCAUCAUCCCUGGCUAUGGUUUUUUUUAUAAAUAAUUUUUAUUAAUUUUCCAACAUACAUUUAUAAUAUCCAAUCUAAAUUUAUCACAUAUUUUCUCUUUUGGACUUCCUUCAGCCUCUCUAACAAUCCAUUUUUUUAAUUACACAUUUCCUAAUUUUUAAUAUUGCAUUUUAUAUACCUUCACCCUCUUAUUUUUCUUCAACACAAUAUUCCUCAAAUAUUCACAGAGCUUCUUGAAAUCCCACUAGCGUUGUUUGCUCAUCACAUAUACAUUUCAAAUAAUCUGAGAAUUUUCCCCAAUCUUCGAUGAACUUCUGGUCACAUAGAUAUCUGAUCUUCACCGUUAGUUUAUCUAAUUCUGCAUAGUCCAUCAGUUUCAUUCUCCAUUCUUCUAACGUCGGUAGUUGUUCCUGUUUCCAUUUUUGGGCCAGUAGUAUUCUCGCUGCAGUUACUGCGUAUUGGAAAAGUUUACAGUCCUUUCUAUUUAUCUCAUUUCCUACUAUUCCUAAUAGAAAGGCCUCUGGUUUCUUAACAAAUGUAUAUUUCAGCAUCUUUUUCAACUCAUUAUAUAUCAAUUCCCAGAAACCCUUCACCUUCUUACAACAUCCCUGGCUAUGUUGGCUGGCGGCUGAUGGAAGAUCCAACAGAAUCACGAGGGCCAUAGGUUCCCCAUUGCUGAUACAUGGCAUAGGAUUAAAGAUGCAUCCUUUCCUCUCUGCACUUAUUGGCUGCCACUUCUGGGAGUGGGAAGGUUUUGAGAAUGGUGACAUCUUUGAUGCACUUUGUAUUACUAGAUGUUAUGGGAAGCAGGAGAGGAGAUGCAGGGCUGUAUUUUUCUGCCAUCAGCCAGGUUAUCGCAGUAAAUUAGUUUCUGGCCUAAACAGAGUGGUUGUUUUUCAAGCGUGUCAGGGUGACUGAGCUAAAAUAAGGCAGUAGUUUAUACAUAUUGGUCAACUGCAUCAAUAUAAUUUUUGGGAUUUUUUGUUUUAGGAGCUGCACAGCUUGUGUGAGCCCAUUGUAACCCAACCCAAGCCAAAGGUAGACUCUCCCAAACAGGAAGCGCCACCAGAACCAUCGCCUAAUCAUAAAAACGAAGAGCUGGAAGAGAUUAAGAACAUUGAGACAGUGCAGCAAAAUGGCGACUGUCACAUAAACGAGAGCCCAGUUAACAUGGACCUCGACUAGACCCAAUGCAUUUCAAUGAGCAGCCUUCAUCAUGAGAAAAGACUUCAGAUGUAUUAUGUGAAUGGGGGGAAUGUAAUGUUUGAGGGGAGGUAUUUAUAAUUUGUUUUAAAGAGUUUUGAGUUCUGUUAUAUUAUUUGGGGAACGAAUAUAUUGAAACGGUAGAAGUUGAGAUCAUGAUAAUCCUAAAAGGAAAAUUGCCUUGGUAACUUUCAGAUUCCUGUGGAAUUGUGAACACUUAACAAAAUCUUCUGUGCGGGAAUUUAACCUUUUGUAAUCAGUUAAAGCUACUUAAUAUCAAGGGAAUGUUACAAAAGGUAUUGCUCCUUUUGAAAGGGUUGCAGCUAGCUUUUGUAGACACCAAGGUAGUUUUUCCUUUCUUCUCCAUUUUUGAUACGUUUCUUCCACUGGCAAAAGACAUUCAGUCAAAGGCAUACACGAAAACCAAAACUUAAAAGAAAAUGUUCUUUGUACCCAUUGUCCAUAAUAUUUGCUAGACUAAAAAAUUAGAAGGAAUAUGUGAAGCAGCAUGCAGAAUUGCUUAAGUUCAGUCUCUUGCUCAACAAGUCGCUUUCAUGUGUGAAAAAACUGAAUGAAGGUUAAACUGAUCCUGUUGUAAGUUCUUGUGGUGCCUUUAGUGAGCUUUAAUAAAGUUCAUUGAAAUGGUCUAGUU